ACUUUCCCGUUCAUAUGGACAUUUUUGUCGUUAUAUAUACAUUGGUGGGACUAGUGUAACCCUAUUCUCACGGCAUAGUACGUAUUAGUAAAUCGAAUCUUCAUACUUGGGGUGUGCUACGCGCUGUUGCAUCUCUCGUGGACAUCAUCGACUUUCCCGGGUUCUAUGGAUAUUAUUAUGUAUAUACACUGUCUAGUUUGUUAAGUAUAUACGUUGUUGUGUUAACUCUGUCUCGAUUUUAUAUGCAUCGGGUAUCCCGAGUGCCAUAACCUUAAUCAAAGCCCGAUUGCAUCCAUCGGCGCGAAACGAAUACAUUAUCUCUGUGAAGUUGGUGUUAUUUUUACAUUGUGUAAUCGAUGACGGGUGAAGACAAUACCUCGAAGGCUUUCCCACUGGCCACCGAAGAGAUGAACAGUGUGUUGUUGGACUUGGUUCAGCAGGCGUGUAAUUACAAACAGCUCAAGAAAGGAGCUAAUGAAGCAACAAAGUCUCUAAACCGUGGCCUUGCUGAAAUCGUUGUGCUCGCUGCUGAUGCCGAGCCCCUGGAGAUCAUAUUGCACCUGCCUCUCGUAUGCGAGGACAAAAAUAUACCAUACAUAUUCGUCAAAAGCAAAAUAGCUCUCGGAAGGGCUUGCGGAGUAUCGCGCCCCGUGGUUUCUUGCGCCAUUAUCAGCCGCGAAGGGUCGCCCCUUAACCAGCAGAUUGUUGAAGCCAAGGAUCACAUUGAGCGCCUCUUGGUGUGAGCAUACAGCUGGGUAACUAUAAACCUUGUUACACCAAAAUUGGUGUGACGUCUAAUCGUAUCACUGCAGGUUA